CGCAGCCCGCAUGGGGCGGGCUCGCUCCGUGCGCCGGGGCCGGGGGCGCCUCUGAGGGGCGGCAGCCGCGGCGCCAUGCAGGGCGCGGACCCCGCGGCGGCCAUGAAGGGGCCGGAGGGCGAGGGCAGGACGGAGCCGCCGCCGCCGGCGGCGGGGCAGAGCGGCGGCAGGAGUGGCGGCGGCGGCCGCGGCAGCAAGGGCUGGCAGUACAGCGAUCACAUGGAAAAUAUUUAUGGCUACUUAAUGAAAUACACCAAUCUUGUUACUGGUUGGCAAUAUCGGUUCUUUGUGUUAAACAACGAUGCUGGCCUGCUGGAGUACUUUGUGAAUGAGCAGUCCAGACAUCUAAAGCCCAGGGGUACCCUGCAGCUGGCUGGGGCUGUCAUUUCACCCAGUGAUGAGGACUCUCACACCUUCACAGUCAACGCUGCCAGUGGGGAGCAGUAUAAACUAAGAGCUACUGAUGCUAAAGAACGGCAGCACUGGGUUAGCAGGCUACAGAUCUGCACACAGCAUCACACGGAAGCUAUUGGAAAGAACAACCCUCCUCUGAAAUCUCGCAGCUUCUCUCUUGCAUCCCAAGGAAGCGCCAACUCUCCUGGUGUGCAGAGAAGACCCAGUCAAAAUGCAGUUUCCUUCUUCAGUGUUGGACAUCACAGAUUGCCAGCAGGAAAAAGAGUUCCCAUUAUGCAACCAGAUCACCUUGUAGAUGUUAGAGAGAUGAUGUCUCAGGCUGAAGGCCAGCAGAGAGACUUGAUCAGGAGCAUAGAAUGCCUUCCUGUCUCCGGUCACCUUACGUCCUUGGAUCAAGACCUGUUAAUGCUCAAAGCAACUUCCAUGGCAACCAUGAACUGCUUAAAUGACUGUUUCCAUAUUCUCCAGUUACAACAUGCUUCUCAGCAAAAGGGAUCCUUACCAGCAGGGACGACAAUCAGUUGGUUGGAACCGAAGAUCUCUCUGGCAAACCACUUCAAAAAUGGAGCAGCUCAGAAUUUCCCAGCAGAGAUAAACAAACCAGCAUCUGUCAGAGAAGAGCAAUCCAUUGCAGAGCCCUGCGAGCUAACAAGGGAACCUGAAGAAAUAAAUCCAGAUGAGGAGCUGGAGGAUAUCUGUGAUGAUAAAGAAGAUGAUCUAGGAGCAGUGGAAGAGCAGCGCAGCGUUAUCUUGCAUCUCUUGUCUCAGCUGAAACUGGGCAUGGACUUAACAAGAGUGGUUCUUCCCACAUUUAUUUUGGAGAAGCGGUCGCUGUUGGAGAUGUAUGCGGACUUCAUGUCCCAUCCGGAUCUCUUCAUCGCAAUCACGAACGGCACCACCCCUGAGGAGAGGAUGAUCCGCUUUGUUGAGUAUUAUCUCACCUCGUUCCACGAGGGCCGCAAAGGAGCCAUUGCAAAGAAACCCUACAAUCCCAUCAUCGGGGAGACGUUCCACUGCUCCUGGAGGAUGCCGAAGAGCGACGUAGCUGCUGAUGCCAGCAGUAACUUCCCUGCUCACUCCCCCUCGGAGCAAGCAAAUCUGUCUAAAGAUGUGGAAGGCCAAGCAGAGCUGGACUACUAUACAGUAAAAUUUGUAGCCGAGCAAGUGUCCCACCAUCCUCCUGUCUCAGGGUUUUAUGCUGAGUGUGUAGAGAGAAAGAUGUGUGUCAAUGCCCACGUCUGGACAAAAAGUAAAUUCUUAGGAAUGUCAAUAGGAGUGACGAUGGUUGGCGAGGGUAUCCUAAGCCUCUUGGAACAUGGGGAAGAAUACACGUUCUCUCUGCCCUGUGCAUACGCUCGGUCAAUUUUAACUGUUCCCUGGGUAGAACUGGGAGGAAAAGUCAACAUAAACUGUGCAAAGACUGGGUAUUCUGCAAGUAUUAACUUCCACACCAAACCCUUCUAUGGUGGCAAAUUGCAUCGAGUCACGGGUGAAGUGAAGCAGAAUGCAACGAACACGGUGGUGUGCAGAGUGCAGGGGGAGUGGAACAGUGUGCUUGAGUUCACCUACAGCAACGGGGAGACAAAAUACGUGGACUUGACAAAGCUGACUGUGACGAGAAAACGAGUCCGGCCCCUGGAGAAGCAAGGACCCUUUGAAUCUAGGAGGCUGUGGCAGCACGUGACAGAGUCUCUGCGGGAUGGAGACAUUGAUAAGGCCACGGAGCACAAGCGAGCUCUUGAAGAACGACAGAGGAACGAAGAGAGGCUUCGUGCUGAAACAGAAACACCUUGGUGUACUAAAUACUUCCUUAAAGAUGGAGAUGGCUGGGUUUAUCAUAAACCCCUGUGGAAAACAGUCUCUGCCGCACAAACUCAGCAAACAGACACUAACUAGAAAAACAACCUGCUUUAAGAUCAGUUUUCUGGUUUUCAUCUCCUUUUCCUCUGUCUCUCAAAACACAGUAAUCACACUGAGUGUCCCCUUUUUAUGUAAUUGUGCAAGUUUAAAUGAGCAUAAAGAAAUAACUAUACUAGGGCACUUUAAAGCUAUUUAAAAAAUAAGGUAAAAUCCAAGUUGUAGAGACAAACUUGGCAGGUACAUUCAACCACCUUGUUUUUUGUAUGACCCAAGAGAUUUUAUCUGCAUUGUGUAAGAUUCUUCUAAGUAGAUCUGAUUGCAAAAGCUGCCUAAGAGAAGAGAGACCUGCUGGAUUUUGAAGUGACAUAAGAACUCUUUUGGAAUCUGCAACAAGCUCUUUAAUAACUCAAACCUUCUCAGCACCAAUGUAGACAACAGCAACAAAAAAUUGCUGCUUUUUUGCCCAGUAAUUAACCUUCUUGGCAAAAACUUGGAGGGGUGUUUGGAAGAUGUGCCCGAAAUCAGUAUUAAGAAACAACUGGAUCAUGACGACCUUUUCUUCGGAGAGAACGUGUGCAUGCAUUGGAGGAAUACGGAACAUAUGUAGAGACUACUUUUCUUUUUUAUGGAUUUAUAAAAGCAAUUAGACGUGUAACCAUGGAGAAAUUUUUCCUCUGAAACGUUUUAAUAUACUUGAAAUAAUUGACUUGAAUUGGAAAAGUAAUUUGAACACUUUUCAACUCUAAUUUUAUUAAAUCUCUUUGAGUGACUGAUUUUUCUCAAGUUAUAAAGUAAUGAGGUUUGGCCUGGUUUUUUCUCCUCCAACUUCUCUUCCCGAGGACUAAGGCUUUCAAAAUGAACAGAAAACGUACAAUUUUUGUAUUUAAAUUUUUCUGCCCAUCUUAUCAUCUCAGAGAUGAAGUAUCAGUGUUACAAACUGUCCUUUGGAUUGCUUUGGUUUUUUUCCUGUGGUGUUGUUCAGAGCAAAGCAGUGAAAUGUGACCUUGAAUACAUGGACUGUAGGUCCUGGUUUUUCAUCUUACCAUAAAAACAAACAACUGAUUAUGCUGAGGACUGGGUAUUGUUUUGAAACACAAUCAGAUAUCAGGAAACUGUAUUCAGGUACAAACAUCCUUUUUUUUUUUUUUUAAUAACUAUUUUAUUGAAGUCUAAGAAUUGCUGGCAAUUAAGAAUAGUACUUAUUAUGGCUUUCGUUAUUGUUGUAACUACAAGCUACCUUAAUUUUUCCAACAGUGGUGCCUUAACUCUGUUUUUUCUUCUGAUGUAGUCUUCCAAUCAGUGUAUAUAACAUUAUCUGCCACUUCCCAGCCAUGGCAAUGGCUGCACCUGAUCCAGCAUCAUGAGAACUCACAAGUGCGUGAUCUGGUAAGACGUUUUCCGUAGAGGAGAUGCAAGUGUAAGAGUGCAUCAGAAGGUUUAAAUAACCAUGUUAAUUUUCAACACAAACUGUAAAUCGUGCAAAAAAAAAAAAAAAAGAGUUGGGUUUAUGCACAACUGUUUUGAUCCUCUUGUACUUUUUUUUUUUUCUUGCUGUGAAAUGCACUGAGGUCUCAAUGCGAGUCAUAGUCCGUUUGUGAGAAGGGGGGGGGGAAUAAUAAAACUACAAAAUGAUUCAUUUGUUCUGUCUGCUUUCCUAGAAAUCAGGUGAUUGGAAAGAGCAGGUUGUCAUUAUCUUUUAUGCUGGAGGUCUGUCUGAGCUUUCCUUGGUCCCAAAAGUGGGAUAUUUUGGCACUGUGUGCUCAAGUAGGAGCUAUUUUCUCCAGCAGAAGAAUGUUUUAGGCUCUACUUGUCUUAUUUGUGAUAUCCUGUCCAACCAUCCUGUUAUGAUAGUUUUGGAUAUCCGUUGGGCAUUUUCAUGUUUAACCAGGAAUAAAAAUAAAAAUUAAAACAGUGGGAUCAGUUCCUCCUUGUUUCUGGGUCUGCGGCACAUUUGAGGUGCACUCCUUGCCUAUUCCAGGAUUUGGAGUAGGAAUCAUGGUGUAACAUGAAUUUCUGUCAUGGUUCUUUGGUAGCUGUGUCAAACUGGGGGUGGUAGAGAAACAAAAUAAAUAUAUGUUUCAUAAUUGUUUUAUCUGUAUCCCUUGGCACAUUUGAUUUAAACAGCAAGGGCUGUGGUGCAAGGUCCAACUUUUAAUAUUGCAGUGAUCAGAGCAAAAAUAAACCUUUUUCAGCUGAGCAUACUCCAGGGAUCAAACUUGUGCUUACUAAAAGAGAGAGUUAUGACUCAGUCACUGAACUCUGCUUAAAAUUUUGAUUUGGGAAUUUGUCAAGGUAAUGGUGGUAAAUCAGACUGAAAAGCUCCUAUGUUGACGAUAAACCCAUUUGUGUUCCUUAUAUAACAUUAUUAGUCAAGUUAUUUCUCUUCCUCCCUCAUCUGGUAUGCUUGUGGUUUCACACUAGGAAAGCUGUUACUAAUUUUGUUUUGUAAAAAUAGACCCAAUGCUGAAGAAGUAACUUUAUAAAACACGUGAAAUUAUUUCUUUUAACAUGGGGAUGCUGCUAUGAAAAAAAGAAGAUAAAACCUUCCUUUGCUCAGAUGAUCACCAGAACUGGAAUGGUUCCUGAAGUGGAUUUAGUUAGGAUGCAGAUUUCUACUUCUCAAAACAAAGAAAAUAAUUGAAAACAGUUAAAAGAAAAAAAAAAAGGCAACUAGCCACCGUACAUCCAGCUUAAAUUGUAAUUGUGAUUCUUCUGGGAGUUGCAAGCACCCUGCGGACUAAUGGCUGUAUUUUUAACUCUGACCAGAUUUGAUUCUCUUGCAUAACUGCUGUUGUUUCCAUCUUGUACCUUCUGCAGCGCAGGGAAGGGCUCACUGCUGCUUCCGAUGUAGACAUUUGCUAGAACCACAGUGUGUUCAACAGGGAGCAUGGCAAAACGUAGGGCUUUGGCUUAUGUUCCCUUCUGUCUCUUUGGCCUGAUUGGGCUCCACUGAAUUCAAGAGUGAAAUUCUGAUUGAUCUCAGCGGUUUUAGACUCCCUGAGUUGUAAACAGAUCUUGGAGCUUAAAUAAGUGGCUCUCUUCAGAGGUGCUGUGCAGCCUGCUGCUCAUGGAAAACAAAGUGUGAGGAGUCACUCCUAUUUAAUGCAGGCAUUCAGGCAUGUGAUCCUGAUGGAUUUGUGUUUUACGGAAAAAAUGCAAUAUGCAAAUCAGGUUGUUCAAGGUUUUAGGCAAAAGGGAGGGGAAUGGAUUAAGUUUUCAGCAUAUUUACAGUGUAACCUAUCAAGCCUAGAACGAAGUCUGUCUCCCCAGGAAAAUUUGGCUUUCAGCCAUCAGAAUCAGACGCAGCUUUCAGUGUCUGGUUUGCACAGGCUGGUCCCUCUGUCCCUGUUACCUGUGGGAAGAAUAGGUCAGAGUGCCCUUUAAAGCCUCUUGAGCUGAACUUGGAAGGCCAAGUAAACAUAUUUAUGAGUGAACCCAAACAACUUGGUGAAGAACUUGGUAUGGAAAUUGUGUAUGAAAUAUUAUGGGAAGGAAAUAUCGGAUGGCUUGAGGGGAGUUCCGUGCAUUCUGUGGUUUUGAUAUUCCUGACAGAAAAGCUGCCCCAUGGGCUAGAGCAGUGAUUAAUGUAUUAAGGAAAUGAGACUGAAGUCAGGUGGGUGGAAAAAGUGUGUUUGUGGGGAACUGGGGAUGAUGUGAUUCAAGAAAAAAGGGUUAACUUGAAAAAUUGUAAGAUGACAGGAGGUAGCAGCCAGGUGAAGAUUAGUGAGAAUGACAGGUGUUGUCACAGCUGCAGGUGGAGAUUUAUAUGUGGUAGCUAAGCAAAUUUUUUGUUAUUUAAAUUUCAUGUAACCUAGUUCAUUCCCCUUCUGUCCUUUGAAGGAUUUAGGGACAAUUUGGUUCUAGGUUUUUAAUUUAGGAGCUGUGGAAAUAGUCCAAAGAGAUGGAAACAAUAGCUAGAAAAGAAAAGCUUUUUUUAUGGGCUGGUGCUGUCACAGCAUUUUAGAAAACCAAACCAGCCCUGCAGAUCUGCUCCCCUGCUCCACAUUGGGAGCCUCAGCUGUAGAAAGCUCAUGGCUGCUGUAGAGUUUGCUCCUUUCCCCUCUUUCAGGGCUGACCCAUGCAGCUGCAUGGUGGCAAGCAAGGAAUUCCUUUCCAGUGCUAUCCUGAAAGAUACACCCCUGUGUAGAUGUCAGGCAUGGGCGUGCAGGGCUUAGGAGCACCCACGGGUUUUAUUCCCAUUUGCUCCCAAGGGUGGAGGAAUUUGCACAGUGCCAGGGUUCAGAGCAAGUUAUGACUUACCUUUCCUUAAUUGCUUUCCGGAAUAGAGGCAGCCUGGCUUGGUGUGGUGAUUAUGGGAAUAAAGGUCUCAGUUCUGUCUGACCGUGUUUCCUCGGGUGGGGUAAGCCAGCAGGAGGGGUGCAAGAGUUGUGAGAAGAAUUAGCCAACACUUUUGUGUUGACACUGUUACUGUAGCACAGAUCUGGCUAGAAGAGGCUGGAAACUGGUCUGAUGGGGGAAGAAGUUGUCUCCAUGUCCUGCAUGAGGAGUUUUUAGUGUGAAGCGGUGGUGACUUAUUUCUAUCAAAGAGACUUCACACACCCACCUGAACUGUCAAGAACUCUCAGGAACUCCCCAGUGAGAAAAGGUGUGUUGGAGUUGCAGCAUAUCAGGCUUUUGCAGAGUGGAUUAUUGUGUAUCUUUGCACAAUAUUGAGGAUUCUGAUUAAUGAAUAAUUUUCUUGUGUGCCAGUGUUUCUUCCAUUGAGGGUAUGUCACAUUUCGAGAUGGGGUUUUUUCGCUGCUACAGGGGGUUGUGUGUGUGUGUGUGUGUGUGUGCAGGCCAUUAAAAAAGGAAAAUUAUCUUGUUCUCUGCAGAUUAAGCAGUUAGAAGAGAAACUCAUGAUGGCAAUAUAGAAGGACUUAAAAAAGAUAGACAUGGAAUUCAGGUGCUUAUUAAUAAAAGAUUAAACAUUAUUAUUUUAAAAAAUAAUAAAAAGAAUGCUUUGGCAUCAUUAUACAUUUAAAGUAAGUACAAAAUCAGUUCAUAUAUAAUGUUGCACUGUAACCAAAGUAUUGAUUCCACAGUUCACCGUAUCUGCGGGAGGAAACAGAUCUUAUAAAUAAGUUAUGUACUAGAUCUUAGUUCCAUUUUGAAAAACACAGCCAAGUUGGUUUUUUUUUUCCCUCAUGAGCUAAAUGCUUCUUCCUCAUCCUCUUGUUCCUCGUGAUGAGGGUUUUUGCCUGCUGUGUCACUGCACGUUCGUGCUCCCAUCGCUGUCCUGGUGCUCCCCACCCGGAGAAGCUGUUUUGCUGGCCUCGUUGUCCGUGUUGUUGUUGAGGAUGUCGUCGCAGUCCAUCUGUGCCAUCAGGUUGAAGCGCUCGGCCACGCAGUGGGCGGUGAGCCGAGCCUCGGGGUCGUGGUCCCAGCACUCCGUGAUGGUGUCGCACAGAAAGCGCAUCCCCUGCAGGCAGAAGGGCUCAAAUUAGGAUCUGAGGGCCAGGAGGAAGAGGAGCUGACCUAACAGCGUUUUACUGCCACUUCUGACAGCCUCCUGCAUAAAGGCUGGUUUUGGCCAAGAGGAAACAGCCUUGGUAAGUUGUGGCAAGUGCUGGUGCUUCCACCAUGACUGGCACUGCCUGUGUUAGAGCAGCAGCCUCAGCUCACCCAGCAUCUGCUCCCAAGCAGUUCCCAUGCUUCCUGGAAAUGCUUGCUGGAAGGUGGCUUGUGUAGGCUCUGGGACUUAAAUAAGGGCUGGAAGGAAACAGGCCCUCCAUCUCCUGUCUCAGAGAUGCUCCAUUCAGAGCAUCCUAAAAUCAGGAGGGACAGGGGAGGUGCAGAUGGUGACCUGCAGGAUGGUGGGUAAGCCCAGGCCCUGGGUUCCAGCCUGUGCCCUGGCUCUUACACCUGGAGGGAAGGGAUGGGUGGGGUGAGUUUGGAAUUAACUUUCCUAAAUCUGACUUCUUGUUUUAGUAGCAUUCUGAAAGGGUGCACUGUGCCAAAUACUCAUUGCAUUGUGCAACUGAACCUUGUUCUCUCAUCACAAAAUAGUGUUUUGGUUGAGGUGGGGUUUGGUGCUUCCCAGUGUGCUCCAGAACACAUGUAGUUCCUCUCAGUUAAAAUGCUUAUGUCUCCCAGAAAUAUAUUUUUUUUUGUCCAAUUGUGUAAUGCUCUGAAAAGAGUCAAUAUUUUGGGCUUAGAAACAAAAUAAAUGGUAGUAUUCAGCUGGUAUUUUUCCCACUCUUAAGUUAGUAACACAGCUAGCACCAGAAGCUGUUUUGAACCUUCUUUUGCCCAUGUAAUUCCUAUCAUGUGCUAUUGCUUUUGGCAUCAUUGUCAACUAAGGUUGGAACACAGUGGAAAAAUCAUUAUUCUAAAUAAAGCUUCAUGUUUUUCA